GUUUUUGAAAUGUAAAGAUCACACAAGACACUGAGACCAUGGUUUCUAGGUAACUGGCAGUUCUCCUAGUCAAUAAACAUGAUGAAACAUUCAGCUGAUACAAAACUCUAACCAACCUAUGCUAACAAUAAAUCUUGGGUGGCAACACACCUUACUGGAUCUCUAACCUUACCACACUUAUACUUAGUAAUGAAACGUUAAAGUAAGAUGCAGUUACAUCUUUCCUGAGGUUUUGUUGUGUCCAUAUGCAAUUACCUUGCAGGAAGUAGUAGCUCAGUGGUUAAAACACUGGAUUACUGCUCGGAAAGUCCUGAGCUCAAAUCCCAACAAUGCCAAGCAAACUGCCACUGUGGGCUCCUGAGCAAGGCCCUUAACCCUCAACUGUUCAGUUGUAUAAAUGGGAUAAAUGUAAAUUGUGCUGGAUAAGGGUGUCUGCCAAAUGCCAUAAAUGUAAAGAGAAAGUGGACUACUUCUGUCUUUACCUGUAAUUCCUAACCCCAAAUUCUUCCCUCCUAAAAGGUAAUCCCAUAUCUGAAAGAGCUGAUUAUGUCGCUUGAGAGAUAAUUUACAAAUACUUUUGAAUGAAGAAUUCAUGAAAGCGUUUCCUAAAAAUUAAUUUUGCAUAAAUUGGAUUGUGUGAUAUGGUAGUGUUGCCACCUCAGCUCUGGGGUCAUGGUUUGAUUCUGAGCUUGGGUUACCGUCCGUACUGAAUCUCGUAUGUUCUCCCCUUGUAAAUGUAGGUUUCAUCUGGAGUUCUCCAGUUUCCUCCUACCUCCCAAAAACAUUGCAGUAUUGCACAUAUGCUAUAACUACAGCAGAUAAAUAUUAGGGAAAAAAAACUAUUCCUUUGAUAAACUGAGACUAUAGCAUCUGGGUGUGUUAGUUUGAAAAGGGUUCUUCAUGGCAGUUUGGCUGAAACGUUUAACUGGCUAUGCACCUUCUAUCGUGGAGUAUAAUCUGCUGUGGAUAAUUGUACUUUUGAAUUUGAGCUGUUUUCUUUUCACUACAUUGCUGUAUGACUCGGUUUUUUCCUCUGAGUAUUUACUGCAUAGAAAUAAACCAUGAAUUCAGUUACUGGGCAGUGGUCAGAGUUUCCUUUUGGGUGUUUCCAUAUUAAGUCUUUAGUACAUCCUAUUUUUGGCUUGAUGAUGAUUAUUUCUUUCCAAACAGAUCCCCAUAACGCUCCCAACACCUGCUUCUGGCUGUGCAGUGUAUAAAUGUCUAGCCCAUGUCGAAACAUCACUCCUACUCAAUAGAUUAGAAAGGGUUAUCUUUCAGCAGCAGGGUGUGGCCUAAACAAGUGACCCCGCCCACUCACAGCGGCGUCAUCGACAGGGGCGCGAGCGAGAUCCUCAAGCGGAAUUGGAGGCUGUUGCUCGAGUCAAAUGAAAAUGGCGACCGCCGGUUCCGCAGAUCCGGGCUUUACUGCCCCCCCAGGGUCCAGUCGAAAAACUGCUUCACCAGAGAAAAUCCUAAAGGAGAAUGUCCAGUCUUCAGUCUGUAUGUUGAAACUCCAGUGCGACUGGAUUAUGCAGCAAGACAUUGAUCCAAAGCAUAGGAGGCCCAGGGUCGUCUCAGAGUAUGAAGAAGACUAUUGGUCAUCGAGGGAUUGACCCCACUGGAGAGACCACUUACAAAAAGACAACCUCUUCUGCCCUGAAAGGAGCCAUUCAGCUCGGUAUUACCCACACUGUGGGAAGCCUGAGCCAGAAAGCUGAAAGAGAUGUUCUUAUGCAGGACUUCUAUGUAGUAGAAAGCAUCUUCUUUCCUAGUGAGGGCAGCAAUCUGACUCCUGCACAUCACCAUGGUGACUUCCGGUUUAAGACUUAUGCACCCAUUGCCUUUCGUUACUUCAGAGAACUCUUUGGCAUUCGACCCGAUGACUACCUGUACUCUCUGUGUAAUGAUCCACUGAUCGAACUGUCAAAUCCUGGUGCGAGUGGCUCGAUCUUUUACGUCUCCAGCGAUGAUGAGUUUAUUAUUAAGACAGUCCAGCACAAAGAAGCUGAGUUCCUGCAAAAGCUACUGCCAGGAUACUUCAUGAACCUGAACCAAAACAAACGGACGUUGCUGCCCAAGUUCUAUGGACUGUACUGUGUGCAGGCAGCGGGGAAGAACAUACGCAUUGUGGUGAUGAACAACCUUCUGCCACGCUCUGUACCAAUGCACCUCAAAUAUGACUUAAAAGGCUCCACUUACAAGCGUCGUGCCUCUCCCAAAGAGAGGGAAAAAACUGUGCCCACUCACAAAGACCUUGACUUCGUCCAGGACAUGCCUGAGGGAAUCCAGCUAGAGCCAGACAACUACAAUGCUCUCAGUAAGACCAUCCAUCGAGACUGCCUGCUGUUGCAGAGCUUUAAGAUCAUGGACUACAGUUUGUUGGUUGGAAUCCACAAUGUGGAUCAGGCGAGCCGUGAGCGUCUCGGUGCAGGGGAAAGCUGCAGGCCGGUGGAGGGGGCAGUCACACCUGACCAGAAGAGACCUCAGGUCCAAAAAGCCCUGUACAGUACAGCUAUGGAGUCUAUCCAGGGAGAGGCACGCGGGAAGGGCACAGUGGACAGCGAGGACCAGUGGGGAGGUAUCCCAGCUCGGAACAGUAAAGGAGAGCGGCUGCUGGUUUACAUUGGCAUUAUUGACAUUCUGCAGUCGUACAGAUUCAUCAAGAAGUUAGAACAUUCCUGGAAAGCACUGGUUCAUGAUGGGGACACUGUGUCUGUUCACCGGCCAGGCUUCUAUGCAGAGCGAUUCCAGCGCUUUAUGUGCAACACAGUAUUUAGGAAAACAAUGAAGUCAUCGCCAUCGAAGAAGAGCCGUUCGGGUUGUCAGAGUGUGGCUCGGAGGCUGCCCAUGGGCACUGCUUUCCCGAGUGCCCAGUCCAGCAGCCACAUGCUUCUUAAUGCUCAACUCGUCUAUCGUUCCCACUUUACUCACAGUGACCCAGACGUCGAAAUUGGUGUGCAGUCGGGCAGACCUGACCUGCUCCCGAGCAUGCCUUCCCAGGCUGGAACCUCGAGUGAAUUUGAAGUAACUGAUAUGCCUAAUCCCUCAGUGCCCCCAAUGAGGUCAGUAGGAGUGGAGGUGCACAAAUCUGCAAGCACAGAAGCUGAUGGCAACACUUUUCUCAGUUUGGGUGAUGCAGUUGGAGACGAGCAGAUGAGUAAUGAAGAUGCCAUUUCUCUUAAAGACAUCAUCCCAGAGACCAACAUUUGUUUUUAAGACUGCCAGAAAACGUGAUGCAGGAAAAGAGGGAGACGAAAUACAUAUGAAUGAGAGCCUCGGAUCAACUGAAUGAUAAGCCGUCUCUCCCUGUGAGAAGGAGAGGAAGGAUUUCCAAACCUUUGGAGGGACACCCCAGUGGGUAUGGGCAGGAGAGCGUGAGCGAUAGACUCUUCUCUUUCUCCAACACUGGUAUGCUGCUAUAACUCCACCUGUUGAGUACACAAUUCCUUCCCUGGAAGAGUCACCUUCGGUGUCGCACUGCACGUUGUUAAGAAACACACAGACUUUGGUCUUUCCCUUGAAACACACUGUUGCUCCUACAUACAUGUACUGAGAAAGAAGACUGGUGAUUAUUUAUUCUAUCAAUUCUGUUCUGAUUUUGCUCUAUUUUUGCAAACUGCGAACAAAUUAUAUUGGUAUUUCAUACUGGGUGUUAAUGCUCUUUUUAUGUCACCAGUAUUAGUUAAAUACUCCGGUGGGCUUUUUACUUUAUUCCCGUAAUUAUGAAGAUCUGCUUUUGCAGUAAUGUGUAGAAGAGAUAUGUAAUUUGCCGUUUAACCUGUAGGGUUAUUUCAGAAUGAUGCAUCUUCAGUCCUGCUUAAAGACAUCAUCGUUGAAGAAAAGGAUGCUGGAGCAGAUCAAAGUGUGUGCCCCUGUUCAGUAAUUAGUCACUCAAGCCCUACUGUGAAUGGGGUGAUCUCUAAUCUGUUGUGACUGCGAUCUACCUGGUAUAUGACUGUUCAAAAAUCAGUUACCUGCAUAGUUUUUUCCCCUCUCAAAAAUGAAGAAGCAAAUAUUCUUCUUGUGCUUGUCUGUUCUGCUAGUGUCUUAAUCUGUGUUUUGGUGCCAAUCACUGUUAUUUUCUAUUGACUUUUUCUUAUUCUACUCUUUGGCUGUCCUAAUUUGUGUAUGCAUUUGAAAAUCUUCUAAGCUUUUUUUUUUUGGUCAAUCUCGAGUGUUUCUAUUCUUUUAAAUGGACCAAUCAGCAGUGUAGAUUCAUUAGUGGAUAGGCAGGCUUACUUGUUUUUAAUGCCAAUGGCCUUCAAUCCAUUGAUUUGUACUAUAAUCUGUAAAUAGUUAUGUAAAUAUUAUUCACUUUUGUGUGUUUGCAUACCUAUUAUAAAGACUAAUAUGCUUUUAUGAAGCAAUAUGUAUUCUAAACUAACAGAUUAACAUGUUUAUAUUUGUUAUACUUUCUUGGCAUGCCUUAUGUCUGCUUCACUAACUGUGCACUCUUAUAAGAGCCUGCUAAUUUCUGCUGGAUACGGAAAUUACCUACAUUUGGUACAUUACUUAUGCAAGUGGUCAUUUCAGUGUGACAGUAAUCAUUAUAGUAAUUUUUGUUUCAUUUAUUUAUCUCAUUUAAAAAUUUCAACUCUCUGUGCAACUUAUUGUGCUUUGCUUUAUUUCUCCCUGCAUUAUAUUGUAACAAACCUUUUUCCAGAAACACCUACACAAUUUUUUCUCUAACACACACACAAAUUAUCCAGUUAUACAUUGUUGUUUGAGCAUUAUUCUGCACAAAAUGUGUGAAGGAAGGUUUUUUAUUUUUUAUUUUUUUAUAUAUAUAUAAUUAAAUUAAAUAAUCAUGGACAAAAUCUUGUAACCCAGACAUGGUGUGUAUAUACUAACUAUAUAUGGUGUUCCGCUCAAACUAAAGGCCGUGUCCAUGCACCAGGUAGGUUUUUUUUUUGUUUGUUUUGUUUUUUAGGUAUUCUGGAUGAGUGGAGUGUGUUACCAACUGUUCUGGAAUUUUUCUGAAGUUCAUAAGAUACUAAGUGGCUGAAGGUGCAUGAGUAUGUUUGAAUGUGCAUUAUCAGUGUGGGACUUUAACUUUUCUUAUCGAUAUAGGUGCUGUACUGGUUUGGUCACUUGGAAACACUUGGCAUUCUCUUUAGUAAUUGGUGUACUCUUCAAAAAUGAUGAAGGGGAAAUUUACUGUGGCCAAAUUGCUGCUUCAUCCUGUUCUUUCAAAUACACUAAGUUGGUAAUGGCACAAUUUGCAUCACAUGACACUGCUGCUGUUUUGAGCAUCUACCUGACAGGUUACCUUCACGCUCUCCUUGUUAAUUUCAUCUUUCUUUUCCAUGCCUAUUAAACUCCCAUCUAAAUUAACGGGAUUCACAUCAUGCAUCUUGCAUGUAGACAAGCCAGGCUCAUCCUAAAACAGUAAGCUAGCCGAUUUUGUUUUUUAAGGCUGUUUUGUUACAUGAAAAGCCUUUAAAGUUACCCUCAAUGAAUAUUUGUUAAGCAAGCUAUAUCUCGGAGUUGAAUAAAAUGUGAACAUUUAAUCAU